CAGUUCUGAGACCACGGUCACGGGAGACUGCACCUCGCGUGUGUACGGGUGUUGCCCGGAUGGCGUGACUGCGGCCAGGGGACCCAACAUGGAGGGCUGCGUGGACACCGUGGACAGCGGGACGGCCAGUCUUUGCCAGCGGUCGAGGUUCGGGUGCUGUCCAGACGGGGUCACAGCGGCCGAAGGACCAAACCGGAAGGGCUGCGAGGCAGAAGGGUGGUUUGACCCUUGACCGCGGCCGCGAGGGGUCAGGGUGCAAGGGGUCACGUUAUGGGUGCUGUCCGGAUGGAGUUACCGUAGCACAGGGGCCGAGUCAGCAAGGCUGCAAGACGGAGGUGAUGGUGAAGCGGAAGUGCGAGCAGUCGUACUACGGAUGUUGUCCCAACAGUAGUCAAGCGGCGACCGGACCCAACAACCAGGGAUGUCCAGGGACUGCCACUACCACGGCUUUUGAUCCGGCUGUCUGUGGUGGGGACGCCGAUCUAGGCGACUGCAGCGACUACACCGUACAGUGGUACUACGACAAGCCAACUGCUUCCUGUCGUCGUUUCUGGUACGGAGGGUGCGGCGGCAACGGCAACCGCUUUUCUACGAAGAACAUUGCAUGCUGGGAUGCGUCAACGUCACUGGCACAGCCCUGUGUCGUCUGCCCAGUGUGUCCGGGCCUUGCGAGUCCUCCCAGCAACGCUACUUCUUCAACCACACGACAGGAAAAUGCCAGGAGUUCACUUAUGGGGGAUGCAAGGGCAACCCAAACCGCUUUCUGACCGUUACCGAAUGCGAGAACUUCUGUGGUCAGCGGGAAGGACCGGCGACAGGCGGCGGGGGAGAAGGUGCGAAAGUGCAGCCGAGUGUGACAUACCUGUGUACGGCGUCGGCGUUUGGAUGUUGUCCUGAUGGCUUUACUUCUGCCAGUGGACCGAACAGCCAAGGCUGUCCUGAGGCUUGUGAG